AUGUUUUUUACGUACACAGGACUCGAAGGUGGUCCCCCGGCUGAAGGUGACCCCGCAGCACCCACUGACCCGGCCGACCCUGCUGCACCCGUCGACCCAGCAGAUCCGGCAGCACCCACCGACCCGGCAACCGAAACGGCCGCACCGACCGACCCGGCCACUGAAGCGGCGRCACCAGCGGACACGGCCACCACGGCGGCGGAACCGGCAGACCCUGCCACAGCCGUACCAUCAGCUGAAGCGGCGGUGGUAGUAGCUCCGGCCGAAGGCGAACAACCGGGGGCCACCGAGGAAGUUCAACCGGCUGAAGCGCCUGCCGCCGAGGCCACACCUGACGUAGCGCCUGCAGCCGAAAGCGUACCGGAACCUACAGCAGCUACAGGUGAUUGCACAAUAAGGGUGGUGGUCUGA